UUAUCUCGUAAGAAGAAUUCUGAGGAAUUGCAAUCCACGAGUACUUUAAGUGCCGGUCGCGAUGAGUGUCGAAGUUAUGUACCAACCGUAUAGUUCUGGUUUUGGAUAUCAAAGAAAUAAUGAGCAUUCUAUGCAGUCCCUGUGCCUACCGAAGUCCCAGGAGCCGCUAGAUCUCGGGUUAUACCCGCCACCAUCCAGCACCCAUGGGCACGCACUCCCGGGUCCCAACCUCGGGUCACACGUGUCCUCCUUCGGGCUCCACCCUUCGAGCAGUCUUGGUCACCAUGGAAGCGGGUCAGCGGGCCCGCCCUUGGGCCCCCUCAAGGAGGAAGAGAAGGUGGAGCAGCCGAAAGACACCCAGUUCAUCAGCGCCAACUGUGUACUCAUGACCUACUACAGUGGGGACAUCUCCUCGAACGUGGACGAACACUUCUCCCGGGCCCUCAGUCAGCCCAGUAGCUACAGCCCCGAGGGCAAGACCAGUAAAGACCCGUCGUUGUUAUGCUCACGAAAGUUACCACCGUCAUUCUGGAACAGCAAUUACUACAGCGGACACGGUUCAUUCUAUUCCGACUUCCAGUUCCCAUCCGGACCUUACUCCACUUCGUCCCUGCCCGGAUUCUCCGGGUUCCAGGACCCCUGGUUCUCCAGAUUCUCGUCACAGUCACACACUUUCCACCACAGACCAGUGCACUAUGACUUCCCUUACCCAUCCAUGAGUGCUAGCAGAUAUAAUUCAAACAUUGGCUCUUUAUUGUUACAAUCUGCCAGAUCAGGACAUUUUUCUGCAGGGGAUUAUGGGAAAUCGACCGAUUCAAAAUUCAGAUACCCGGAUUAUAGAUUGGGGACAGAAUACCCUACACAAAAUACAUUUCCAGGUCUAGAGGCGACUGCAACAGAAACAUCAGCAGGAAGGGACUUAUAUCUCUACUGAAAAAAAUGUUGUUUUAAAGUUAUCUUAAUCUCUGUAACUCACCACCACAAGUGUGAAGUCUAGCCUGCCAGGACCCGUCGUGCAGCCCGGACGCAAACCAGGGGGAAAACGCCGACCGCGGAGACCCUCCGAAAAACCAAAUCAGUGCUCUGGUUUUCAAGCUGAUAUUAAUAGUGUGGAGUUUGAAAACAAAGAUGCUAUGUCAUGAACAUUUGUUCCAAAUAGUGCUAUUCAUUUCCCAUACCAUUUGUACAACACUUACACAAUUUGAUAUCAUAGUGUUUAUAUGAUUGUAAUGGUGAUGAGUAAGCGAAAACAUAGUGAUAAUUUUUAUUAUGUGACUUGUUAUGUGUGUAUUUGUUUGUACAUAUUGCUCAAAGUUUGACUUAUAUAUUUAUAAAUAUGUUUCUUCUUUGUAUGUAUAUUGUAACUAUUUUCUUAUGAAGAAACUAGAUAGAAAUAAAAGAAAUAAUUAUU